UUCCCAUCACCAACCACUUCCUCCAUCAGCCCCAAGAAAAGGUGUACACAUCAAUCAGCAAUUAUACUGCUUUCAUCUCAAAAGGUGUUCCCCAACAUUUCUACACAUUGUUGACAGAAAGCCCAAAACUACAAAAGCCCAAAAAGUCUGGAAGUUGAAAAAGAAGGAAGAGAUUGUGUUUUGCUGUACCAAGAAACAGGCCAAAAUGGCCGCCACGGAACUGCAGCGCGGCCUGGAGCGUCCCGGGCGAGGCUGGGGUACAGAGAGGGGGGUGGAGCUUCAAGACAGCUUUGACUCAGAGAUGCAGGAGUGGGAGGACCAGCUGCAGGACAUGCAGAGGAAGAUCGAGAAGAUUUACAACGAGGUGCAGGCUCGUAGAGGUGGAAAUGAUAUUAUCAUGGACCACAGCAAAAUUCACAGGAUGCACCAUGGAAAUGGCUUCAAUGAACCGCCUGCCUGCCACAGCUACAGAACCACAACCCACCCAAGAGGUGCUGAUCACUAUAGCAAGGGCCCUAAUCAUGGUCCGAAUGGUUACGGCGACCUUGUCAACCAACAGAACGGUAGCUACAAUUACUCCAAUAGCAACAGUGCGUUCGAACUUGGAGACUUGUUGCAGGAUUAUCUUGGACAUGGUCACGGAAACACCCGGAAGACCAACGUAGCUCUCUACAAUAUAACCAAUGGGAGCCAUGAACAGUUUGAGAACCAGGAUGAGAUGAUGCGGAGGCCUACUGGGAACGACAGGAUUGGUCAGGUGCGGUUUGCGGUUGAAGAGGCAGAGAACAGAAAGAACAGGGUGUCACACCGAAAGAGUUCCCCCUGCAGGGACCUUAACAAGGAGAACACAGGGGCUAAGCCCCCCAUUAGACAGAGAGAAGGCCCUCCUGUCCCUCCCCGAUCUACCUCCCAAAUGGCCCUUCCUGAGACCGCCCCAGCCCUGGACAGAACGUCCCACGCUGCUGGGAUCCUUGUGGACAGGAAGUCUGGUAGCCCCUCAGUCCUCCGGAAGUUUGGCGCAAUGCUCCAGGAGAACGAGGGCAAGACCCUCACCGACACCGGGGUGGUGACCAACCAGGCGCCUACGGACAAUAAAUGCCCCACCCCCAUCUGUCAGCGCAAAGGGCUGGUCAGCAGCAGGGCGCCCGGGAACGUACCUGUCCGGAAAUGCCAGGUGGAUUCCAUUGUGCUGACAGCUGAGAUGGAGGGUGGAUCUGGUGGGGAAAUAGACUCCAGGAGAGAUACCCACCUGGGUAAGGCCAAAGCUGCCUCAAUGGGUAGCUAUUCUCAUCCUAAAGAAGCCCAUUCAGGGAGUCAGAGAAGAACCCUGGCAGGAGGCAGCCCCAAGCCCAAAGCAAGGGCCCAGGGAGGGGCCGAGGGAGACACAGUCCAGGGCGAGCCCAGAGUGGAGUACAGGAACCUGAGUGAAUCCCAUGUUGGUGCUCAGAUGAUCAGGAAGGGAGGGCCAGUUGUGGGUCAGAGUGGACUCAUUGAGCUACUGGAUAUGCUGGACAUUGAGCACGAGUAUCGCUCCAGCCCCCGAACCACACAGACAGCCUACAGCCAGGGCAACCAGCAGCUGAGGCCAGAUGAGUCAUCCCUAGCAACGCACACAAGGAACUUUUCCCGUCCUUCCCGGCCGGCCAACCAACGCCCUCCGUCCAGGUGGGCUUGCCGCACCCCCACAGCCUUGAUCUCUGCCCCCUCCAGCCCGGUGUCCCACCCACCAAGCCCCUUGGCUCACACCCCUAGCCCUGUAGCAAGAACCCCAAGCCCUGCCUUGAAGAAGCAAUCCUUCUGCUCCUAUCUGCCCCACACCGAGACUGUCAUCAUGUGAGAAACCCGUGCCCCUUUCAAGCCCACCUCCCCUCACCGGACUGAGAUGAUGUAGUCCAGCCCUCUCUGUAAAUACUUCACUCUUCUUUCUAUCUGGCUUGAAAAAAAGUGCUUUAAGAGGUUUUCUAUGAUGUGACUUACAUUCGUGUAUAUAUGUGGUCUAUAAGAUACUAAGCGCGGACUCAUAUUUAGACUCCAGUGUUACUGUGGCCUUCUCCUGUGACAAGAUGAUUUUUUUUUGCUUCUCUCACUUCUCUAUUGUAGGUCCCUUUCCUUUUUUUCUUUCUUUCUUUUGUUCAUUAUUUCUCUGUUUUGUAUUGGUGAUUCUGGGAUGGCUGUGUAUAAUAUGUAUAAUGUAAUAUAGCAUGCUCCCCUUGAUGUGGGUGCAUGUUUCUGUAUGUCUGUUUUUAUGUUAUGUGUGUAUGGUAUGUAUGUGGGUGCGUGUGUGUGUGUGUAUGGAUGUAACUCAAUCCUGACAAGUGUCAUGUAGGCUUGUUUUUAAAAUGGCCGACAGGACAUGUGAGAGCCAGCCGUGUGUUGUAUAGCAGAAACAUGCUUACUGUCCAUGGUGUGUUACUGUAUUAUAUUAGAAACAAAUAUUUCAUUAUGUUUAAGUUACCAUUGUGACAAAUACAGUUAGGACUAUGCAACGCUUGUGUCAUAAUUUUUUCUGUUGAUAAUAAACACGUCAGUGCUUUGACCAACUGA